GCUAUCGAUUCUGUUGUCUUCCUGUUAAAACUCAUGAAAAUAAAGCAAAAUAAUUGUUUAAUUAAAGUGCGCAACAAAUGCAGCAGUUUUAAAGUGGCAGCCGUUUUGCUUGGAGUAUUGUUCUUCAGCAAUCCUACUAACGUCAAUUUGUUUUUUUGGUCGUAUUAUUGUUAAACACAGGCAAGGCAUUUCAUAUGUUGGUACUUCAGCUGUUUCCGAAAAGUAUUGCUUUAAACGACGCUUCGGCAUUUUAUUAUAUUCCAUUUCAAACGCUUUCUCAAAGCAUAGUGGGCGUAGAAGAACUUGGAGAAGCAUUUGCAGCCAUGCUUCAGCUGAGAGAUUUUCAGAAUGUAUGUCCCGAUGAUUUGACAGCGGCCCUGGCUCUUCAGGUUUACAACGACUUAAAAAGGGAUGAGCGCUGCGGCCACCUGCAGCCGCACUACGAUGAUGAUUUGAAGGUGCUCUACUUGCGGAAAGAGGACACACAGGCUGCUUACAUACCCAUGCUCCAUACGAAGGGCAUUCAUUUCAGCCUAGUUGAGGCAAUGCAAGACAAAUUUGGAAAAAACAACAUAUUUUUGGCCAUCGUGGAUAAUACAGGCAACAUUUUGUAUUACCAGGUGACCGAAGGAUUCAGUGAAAAAAAGUUCUAAAGGUGCUUGAUAUUUAAUUAAUAGAAAACGCUGUCCCUAAUAUUUUAAGAUUAUGUGUAUUUAUUUAGUCAAUUGCUUACAGACUGUUAGAUCCUUGUGAAGCAUUAAAAAGCCAAUUUCAAACUUGUUUGAUGA